UCAUCAGACUCCGAUAUCGAAGAGAUCAUCAACUACAGACGAUUUGUAAACGCAGCCAACCUGCCAGAGUAUAUUGGAGUGGAACACCAUGGCACCCAGCUACCAAAACCUCCUGCUGAGUUCAAAGCCAAAUGGUGGGUUAAUAACACGUAUGCCACCUCUUGGGAAAAGCGGAGGCCAUUCUAUCCUUGCAGUCAUGAAGGCCCCUGCGACAAAGCGCAGUGUCGGUGCUACAUGGAAAACAUAAACUGUGAGAAAACGUGCGCAUGCUCAUCAUCCUGUAAUAGACGCUUCCCCGGCUGCUCUUGCGCGCAGACAGCAGGCGGACGACGCGUCUGUGGAACAGAUAAAUGCCUCUGCCAGCAAAUGAACCGUGAGUGCGAUGCGGACUUGUGCGGCAGCUGUGGCGCAAUUGAGAUCUUGGAUCCUGUCAAUCGGUACAACGAAGAUGUCAUCAAGGGGAAGUGUUGCAACGUGGCUAUUCAAAGGGGGGUGCCGAAGAAGACAUUGCUUGGGCAUUCCGAGGUCCAUGGCUUUGGUCUGUACACGGGAGAAGACGUGAGGAAAGAAGAUUUCCUCGGCGAAUAUAAAGGGGAAGUCAUCGCCCUUGGCGAGGCCAACCGGAGAGGGAUCAUAUACGAGAAGAAGCAGACCAUGUAUCUGUUCAGCCUGAAUAAGAAGCAAGAGGUCGACUCGACCCACGUCGGCAACAAAACCCGCUUCAUCAACAACGCAGACCCACGCUUCACUAACUGCUACGCCAAGAACCGCCUAUGCAACACCGUCAGCCGCAUCGGCAUGUUUGCCAACACCGACAUCAAGGCCGGCACGGAGUUAUUCUUCAACUACAGCUAUCCCAAGGAACAAACCAAAUACUUCAAGGAGCCU